AUGGCGCCGCGAUUCAAACGCUGCGCGCCGGGAGCGGGCGGGGCGGGAGGGGGGGGGCGGUGUCCCGGCGGGGUUCACUGCGCCUGCGCGCGGCCUCGCAAGAUGGCGGACAGUGCGGAACUAAAGCAAAUGGUUAUGAGCCUUCGAGUUUCGGAACUUCAGGUGCUGCUGGGCUACGCGGGGAGGAACAAGCACGGCCGCAAACACGAACUGCUCACGAAAGCCCUGCACCUGCUCAAGGCCGGCUGCAGCCCCGCCGUGCAGAUGAAAAUCAAAGAACUCUACCGGAGGAGGUUCCCCCAGAAAAUCAUGACCCCCGCAGACCUGUCCAUCCCCAGCGUGCACUCGAGCUCCAUGCCGGCCACGCUGUCUCCAUCCACCAUUCCACAGCUCGGCUACGACGGCCACCCCGCCACGUCCCCGCUGCUCCCCGUGUCCCUGCUGGGCCCCAAACACGAACUGGAACUGCCCCACCUCACCUCGGCCCUGCACCCCGUGCACCCCGACAUCAAACUGCAGAAACUGCCCUUCUACGACCUGCUGGACGAGCUGAUCAAACCCACCAGCCUCGCCUCAGACAAUAGUCAGCGGUUUCGAGAAACCUGCUUUGCGUUCGCUCUGACGCCGCAGCAAGUGCAGCAAAUCAGCAGUUCCAUGGAUAUUUCUGGGACCAAAUGUGACUUCACAGUACAGGUCCAGCUAAGGUUUUGUUUAUCAGAAACCAGUUGUCCACAAGAAGAUCACUUCCCACCCAAUCUGUGUGUGAAAGUAAAUGGGAAACCCUGCAGCCUUCCAGGCUACCUUCCACCAACCAAAAAUGGUGUUGAACCAAAGCGCCCCAGCAGACCAAUCAACAUUACCUCACUCGUCAGGUUGUCCACGACGGUACCAAACACAAUCGUUGUCUCCUGGACCGCGGAGAUCGGGAGAAACUAUUCCAUGGCAGUGUACCUGGUGAAGCAGUUGUCCUCCACGGUGCUCCUGCAGAGGUUGCGAGCGAAGGGAAUUCGGAACCCGGAUCACUCCAGAGCCCUGAUUAAAGAGAAGCUGACUGCUGAUCCAGACAGUGAAAUAGCAACAACAAGCUUAAGAGUGUCUCUUCUUUGCCCACUUGGUAAGAUGCGUCUGACCAUCCCCUGCAGGGCCCUGACCUGUUCCCACCUGCAGUGCUUUGAUGCCACUCUCUAUAUUCAGAUGAACGAGAAGAAACCAACCUGGGUUUGCCCUGUCUGUGACAAGAAGGCUCCCUAUGAACAUCUCAUUAUUGAUGGGUUGUUCAUGGAAAUCCUGAAGUUUUGUACAGAUUGUGAUGAAAUUCAGUUUAAGGAGGAUGGAUCCUGGGCUCCCAUGAGAUCCAAGAAGGAGGUGCAGGAAGUUACAGCAUCUUACAACGGCGUGGAUGGAUGCAUAAGCUCUUCCUUGGAACAUCAGGUGUCUUCUCACCAACAGUCAAAUAAAAAUAAGAAAGUGGAAGUGAUCGAUUUGACCAUCGACAGCUCGUCAGACGAGGAGGAGGAGGAACCAUCUGCCAAGAGGAGCUGUCCUUCCAUAUCUCCAGCAUCACCAUUAAAUAAUAAGGGCAUUUUGAAUUUACCCCAUCAAGCAUCUCCUGUGUCAAGAACACCAAGCCUUCCUGCUGUUGACACCAGCUACAUCAACACAUCACUUAUCCAAGACUACAGGCAUCCAUUCCAUAUGACACCAAUGCCUUAUGACUUGCAAGGUUUAGAUUUCUUCCCUUUCCUGUCAGGAGACAAUCAGCAUUACAACACCUCCCUCCUUGCCGCCGCAGCCGCGGCGGUUUCCGCGUCCGAUGAUCAAGAACUUUUACACUCCCGUUUUUUCCCCUACACUUCAUCCCAGAUGUUUCUCGAUCAGCUCAAUGCAGGAGGAAGCAGUUCCCUGCCAGCCACAAAUGGUAGCAAUAGUGGCAGUAACAGCAGUCUUGUUUCCUCCAACAGCCUGCGAGAGAAUCAUGGGCAUCCCGUUGCAAGUAGGAGCAGCACGGACACGGCGUCAAUCUUUGGUAUCAUACCAGACAUUAUCUCAUUGGACUGAUCCUUUUUGGACAGAGGAAAUCUUUGUGCUUGGUUUUUACUUUAUGUUAGAAACAUAAGACAAAGUUUUGUUUU